AUACAGUUGCCUAAUACACUUAUAUAUAUAGUUGUUGAAGUUCACUCUAAGAGCUAGCAUAGCUAGUUUUUGAAUCAUGGGAGAUUCUUCUUCUUCUUCUGCUUCAUACAUUCAUAUGGUGCAGCACCUGAUUGAGAAGUGCUUGAUCUUUCACAUGACAAAGGAAGAAUGCAUGGAAGCUCUAUCUAAGCAUGCAAAUAUCAAACCUGUCAUAACAUCAACUGUGUGGAAUGAGCUGGAGAAAGAAAACAAGGAAUUUUUUGAGGCUUAUGCUCAAUCCAAGAGCAAAGAGGACCGAAUGUCCGAAGAAGAGACAAACCAAAUGAUACAGAAGAUGAUCUCUGAUUCCUCUAAAGGUUCAUGCAACGAUUGAUCGAUCAGCCAUUGAAAACGAUCUUACGUAUUCAGUGCGUGGACGGUUGUUAUUAUUUUAAUAUUCUAAAAUAAUCAUACAGAGGGAUCUAGCUAGCUAGUACGGAGACUUUUGUCUGGUUCUCAUGACCAAUAAAGAUCCCUGUUGUUAAGAACCUUGAGGUCACCACCCCAAAAGCUAGCUCAAGGGGUGGGAGUGCCCAAGGCCUUAUAAAGGCCAUAUUAGUUACCCAUCCAAUCAAUGUGGGACUAAUAUAUCUCAACACGCCCCCUCACGCAAGAGCCCUUUAGGCUAGAGCGUGGAAAUUGCACAGGCCCAUUUUUGGUUUACCCUUUUGUGCUUUUUUUUAUUUUAAUUCCACUUUUUAAAGCGGGGGACGGUGAGGCUCUGAUACCAUGUUAAGAACCUUGAGGUCACCACCCCAAAAGCUAGCUCAAGGGGUGGGAGUGCCCAAGGCCUUAUAAAGACCAUAUUAGUUACCCAUCCAAUCAAUGUGGGACUAAUAUAUCUC